AUGGAGCGCAUCUGGGAGCCGUGCCUCGGGGUAGACGACCCACAGGCGGCGCUGGAGCACCGGUUGAUCGAGCUGUUGGUGGUGGCACUGGACGCAGAGUCGGACAAUGUAUGGGCCUCGCUGACACAAGCGCUUGAAGCCUUUCCUCGUCAUGAGCUGGUCUCUGCUCCCUCGUUGCAACUCGUUCAUUAUCUUCGCAGAGCCCACAAGGCACUGGCGCAUGCUCCUUGGAACUCGCCUGCGGGAGGUGUGCUCGACGAGCUCCGCCAGCUCUUCCCGCGCGAGCUGCGUGUUCUCGACCGUCCCUCGCUGGCGCCACUCCGGUCGCGACCGACGACGGCUGCGACGCGGAGCUCGAGUGCAUCGACUCGCGCUGCCCGUGCUGCACACAAGCUGCGGGUGACGACAGCAAGCUCGUCGGCGAUGGUGGCGAGAGCGGGCAGAGGUGGCGCGAGCGUCGGGCCCACGCCGCCGUCCAAGCCGAACCCCACGCUCUUCCGGUUCGACAUCUCACAAGUCUACCCGUACGAUGUGUCACAGAUGGCGCCUGCGACGGCGGUGACCUCGUCGGUCUCGCCGCACUUUGUCCGAGUCAACGCGCCGCCACCGACCGAGGUCCAAGCCCAGCUCGAGCUCGAGUCGACGGUGACGCGGCUGCACUCGCCGACCAAGCCGACGCAAGGCUCAACGGAGGCAUCACUGCUCCCGCCGCUGGGCGCGUCCGGCACGAGCUCGGUGGCGCCGCGAAUGCGGCCGCUGUCUGCGUCGCGCGACACGCGGCGGACGCGAAUUGCGCAGUCGUGGGCGCAGCUGCUUGACGCGGCUGCGGCGUCGCCAUAUGCGCCGCCAGACUUUCGCCCACCGACGGCAUCGCUGGAGACCGCCGAUGCACCACUGGGCAUUCAAAUCUCGGCCUCACUUACACCGGAGGCGGACGGAGACGACGAGGGAGAGAGCGAGGCGACACCACUCGACACACUGCUGCGGUCGAUGCGGCCGGCCACCAAGCCGGCGGCGGCGCUUGUUCCAGACUCUGUGGCAGCGCUGCGGUCUGUGGCCAUCACCCCGGUAUCUGCCCGCAAGAUCGACACAGCGCUGGCAGUGUACCCAGACUCGCCGGCGUCGCUCUCCUCCAAGGCGCGGAUUAUGGCCGGACCGCUGGACACUGUCGGGCGCAACGCCAACACGCUGCCUGUGCUAGAGGAGCUGUUCAAUGUCAAGACAACUGCGCUGCCGCAGGACGCGGGAUGGGCGGAGUCAAAGCCGGAGUCAGGGUCGGGACCGUGCUCGCCUCGGGCGUCGUCUCCGGCCGGCUCGGCGUCGUCGGCGUCAUCGUCGUCGGCAGCGUACUCGCCGGCAGCAUCUGUGGGCGGUGCAUCGUCUCGGGCGUCGCAUCUCUCGGCGGCUGACGCUGUCAAGCUGUGCAAGACGGCCGAGCAUGUGGUCGAGUUCUUCUCACACUCGUGGCCGGGCGACCCGGUCAAGUUUGUGCACCUCGUGUCACCGCCAGCAUCACUCGAGUACCGGCCGUACAACUUGCGAGUGGUCGAUGCGGCGCGGCUUGACCGCGAGCACUACACUAUGUCGCAGAUGGGCGUGGUGCAUGUGGUGCCCGGCGAGGCGACUGAGUUUACGCCGCUUGCCGGGUGGGUCCGGGCUGCCUCGAUGUUCAACGUUGUCCGCAAGAUCCCGUUCUUUGCCAACUUUAUCCGCCACAAGCUCCUUGCGUCGUGGAAGGCCAACGUGCGGUUCAAACUCUUUUGCGAGACGCGCGAUGUGAUUCGGGCCAAGCUCUUUGCGGCGAAUCCGUCGUUCCAGGGCACGCUCCGCGAGGUCCAGUUUCUGGCAACGGAGAUCUGGCGAGCGCCGCUGCUGGAGGUCGAAGCCAACACGACUCACACAGCGAGCACGUUUGCCGAGGCACAGGCGACGGCGCGGGAGACAGCCAAGGACAUGAUAACCGACAUUGCGCUCAAGCUGGAGCAGCACGUGCUUGUGCUCUGCGAGGCCGUGCUGCGGCGGACGCAGUGGUCGGACGCGCCGAUUGAGGCGCAAAAGACGGCUGCCAAGAAGGCCUUUUCGCUUGUGGCGUCGUCGGCGUCGUCCAAGCUCAAGUCGAUGGUGGAGGAGAAGGAGGAGUACCUCGCCAAGCUGGGGGCCAUUGCGCAGGCGGCCGACGAGGCACAGUCGCUCGGGCGGUUUAUCCGGCUUGUCGACUACCUUGCGGUGGAGGCGCUUGUUCACAACGUCCAGGCCUCGCUCGAGGCGCUGCUGAGCGUCAUGACCCGUGGCUCGGACGAGGGCGUGUUCUCGCUCGACGUGGUCUUUGCCAACAAGGCCAUGAGAUUUGAGCCCGGCCUCCCGCACUUGCUCAACAUGGUCGACUCUGCGUACGACUCGAUGACGGCGGUUGCGGCCUCGUUCCUCCGCAUCAUCACCAUGCGCUCUAUGCGUCAGUACCUUGAGCCGUCGACGCUGGCGCACCUCGAGGGCGUGUCGGCGGCAUCGGGCUACUCGCUGGCGGACCCAGCGGCGGCGGCGGUGGCGCGGUUCACCACCGGCGGUGCGCGGCGCGGGCAGGAUGCUCUCCGCGACCUGCACUCUAUCCGACACCUGCUCUCGCCGGCAGCCAACGCGCGUAUCAACGGCCUGCUUGAAGCCAUCCAUGCCACAGUGGAGGCUGACUAUUCGGCGGCGUACUUUGACGCGCGAGUCCUCACCCCGCUCCUCGACAUUCAUACGUACGGGCAGCAGUGGUCGAUGGAGGCGUACGCGGCGUCCAAGCCGUCGGCAGCCAAGCUGCGCGAGGACCUCGCCAUGGUCUCGUCGUGGGUUCUCGCUGUCUCGCGAAUGCGCAAGUCGUCGGUGGUCGGCAUGUUUCGGGUCGACUCGACCCAGCUCAAGCUUGGGCUUGUUCCGGUCCCAUCAUGCAUUCUGGCGGAGAUGAAGGAACACCUGGCAGCAGCAGCGCACGAGGCGUGCGAAGCAACGCUCAACAACAUGCUCAACACGCGUUCAAAGCUGUUGCGGAAGCCCGACCAGCUGCGGGCGUUUGCCGAGUUUGUCGACUUUGUGCGGACGACGCAGGCGUCGCGGGCGGCGUUUGACGGCGCGGCAGCCAAUGUCGAUGCGCUCUAUGAGCUGAUGCGGAGCCAUAAUGUGGAGAUCGAUAUCCCGAACCGGAUCCUCAUUGAGGAGCUUGAUGCGGUCCGCGACUCUUUCGACGAGGUCGUCGACGACGCAGAGCGGUAUGCCGAGUCUCGGCUUGCCGAGAUGAACGUCUCGCUCAACAAGCACAUUGCGUCGCUCGAGCACCAUGUGGUCUCGAUUCUCUCGGACCUCUACACCGGCGACUACGUCGAUCCCGAGGCGCAGCCUGUGGCUGUCAUCGAAGAGCUCAACGAUGUGGAGGCAUCGCUCAACGCGGCCAAGUCCAAGGCCGAGACGUUCUCCGGCUGGCAGUCGCUGUUUGAGGUCGAGUCGCCGCACGCGUAUGACUCGCUCACGGACGCCAUGGACGUGUACACCAUGCGGCGGACGAUUUGGUCCGAGCUCCAUGCGUGGAAUGACAACGUGGCGAGCUGGCGAUCGGCAGUGUUCCGGACGGUCGACACCAACGAGGUGAAGGCUGCGGUGCAGACGUCGUACGCCAAGGCGUUCAAGAUGGCGCACAAGCUGCCGGACGACCCGGUGGUGGCGCUGUGGAAGUCGUCUGUGGAAGAGUUCAAGCUCCAUCUCCCGCUCAUUCUUGACCUUGGCAACCCGGCGCUCAAGCCGCGGCACUGGCGCAAGAUCUUUGCGGCGCUCGCGGUGCCGUUUUCAGAUGCGCUUCGGUUCUCGCUCGCGGACCUCUUUGAAGCCAACGUGGUCUCGAUCCGUGAACUUGUGGCGGAGCUCUCUGCGGCGGCGUCGGGCGAGUAUCACCUCGAGCUCACGCUCACCUCGAUCCAGGACGCAUGGAAGGGCGCAAAGUUUUCUGUGCUCCCGUACAAGAAGAAGGGCAAGCUCGUCCGCCGGGUCUACAUUCUGGGCUCGGUCCGCGAUCUUGUGGCGCAGCUCGAGGAGCACCAGCUGGUGCUCACAACCAUUCUCGGCUCCCGGUUUGUGUACGGCAUCAAGGGUGCGGUUGACGAGUGGGUGGGCAAGCUCAACGCGCUUGCGGCGCUCCUUGAUGAGUGGCUGGCGUUGCAGCGCAACUGGAUGUACCUGGAGGUCAUCUUUGUGCAAAAAGACAUCCAAGCGCAGCUGCCUGCCGAGACCAAGACCUUCCAGUCUGUCCACGAGCUGUGGGUCAAGUUUAUGCAGGGUGUGGAGGCAAACCCAUCUGUGAUGUCGGUUCUUGCCGACGGCGCCAACGCGCAGCAGAUGUUUGCCCAUGCGAACGCUUAUUGCGAGAAAGUGCGCAAGUCGCUGCAAGAGUAUCUGGAGACCAAGCGGUCUGCUUUUCCGCGCUUCUACUUUCUCUCCAACGACGAGUUGCUCUCGAUUCUGGCGCAUAUUCGCGAGCCGCGGGCUGUGCUGCCGCACCUCAAGAAGUGCUUCUCGAACCUGGUGAGCCUCCGGUUUGUCGGGGGUUCAGGAGCCGAGCGGCUGGGCGCGGAGCGGCUCUCGGUCUUUGCCAUGUCGUCGGCUGAGGGCGAGGAGGUUGAGUUUGUGGAGCCUGUGUCUGCGGCAGGCAACGUCGAGGUGUGGCUGGUCAAGGUAGAGGACAUGAUGCACGAGACGCUUGCGUCGCUGACCGAGUCUGCCAUGCGGGCGUUUGCGGCGCGCGGCUCGAUUGCCGACCUCCUCUCCGAGUAUCCUGCGCAGGUCCUCCUCGCCACCGAGGCCAUCAACUGGACUGCCGGCGUUGAGUCGGCCAUUCGGCGCGAGUCGCACCCAACGAACCCACAGACCGGCGCGCUCCACUACUUCCAGGACUCGUUCAACCUCCAGCUUGAGUCGCUGGUGGCGCUGGCAAGGAGCUCUGAGUUGUCUGCGCUGGACCGGGCGGCGCUUGCGGCGCUGAUUGUGGCUGACGUGCACGCGCGUGAUGUGGUGGGCGCGCUGGCGGCGUCGCACACGGCGUCGAUCGACGACUUUGGCUGGCAGAAACAGCUGCGGUACUACUGGGAAGACGACGGGAUGAUUGUCAUCCGACAAACGUCUGCUGUGUUUGACUACCAGUACGAGUACCUCGGCAACACGGCACGACUGGUGAUCACGCCGCUGACGGAGCGAUGCUACCUGACUCUGACGUCUGCGUUGGCGCUGUCGAUGGGCGGAGCGCCGCUGGGCCCGGCAGGGACGGGCAAGACUGAGACGACCAAGGAUUUGGCCAAGGCGCUGGGCCAGCUCUGCGUGGUGUUCAACUGCUCAGACGGGCUGGACGUGGUCAUCAUGGGCCGGUUCUUCUCGGGCCUGGCGCAGACCGGGGCGUGGGCGUGCUUUGACGAGUUUAACCGGAUCGACAUCGAGGUGCUCUCGGUGAUUGCGCAGCAGGUGCUCACCAUCCAGCAGGCGCUCAUGGGCAGGGCGGCCGAGUUUGAGUUUGAGGGCUCGCUCAUUCCGCUCGUGCCGUCGUACGGGUGCUUUGUGACGAUGAAUCCGGGCUAUGCGGGGCGGACCGAGCUGCCAGACAACCUCAUGGCACUGCUGCGGCCUGUGGCGAUGAUGAUUCCGGACUACGCACUCAUUGCCGAGAUCAUCCUGUAUUCGGAGGGCUUUUCGGGCGCUACGCGGCUUGCGUCCAAGAUUGUGACGAUGUACAAGCUGGCGUCUGAGCAGCUCUCGCAGCAAGACCACUAUGACUUUGGCCUGCGUGCGCUCAAGUCUGUACUGGUCAUGGCCGGCGCACUGAAGCGGCGGGCGGGCGCGGGCGAGUCGGAGGAGGUUGUGCUCAUUUCCGCGCUUCGCGAUGCGAACCUGCCCAAGUUUCUCUCGCAGGACAUUCCGCUCUUCCUGGCCAUCAUUUCGGACCUGUUCCCAGACGCUGACGCACCAGAGCGAGCUGAAUCGCAACUGCAGUCUGCGGUUGUAGCUGCACUCGAGGCGGAUGAUCUCGAGGCCGAGCCUGCGUUUGUUUCGAAGGUCAUGCAGCUCCAUGAGACACUGCUUGUGCGACAUGGAGUGAUGCUUGUGGGCGGGACCGGGACCGGCAAGACGACGUGCUACGAGGCGCUUGCGCAUGCGCGGUCGCGGGUGGCGGUUGCGGGCCGCUCGAGCGCCUCGAUCUACGGCUCGCCGCACGGGAUCGGUGGGCGGAGCCGCGGGAUCGGCGACGGCGGUGGGGUCGGCGACGAGGCUGGAGUUUUUGGUGUGCGGCUCAAUCCCAAGGCGUGUGAGCUGUACGGCAACUUUGAUGCCACCACCAAUGUGUGGAGCGACGGCGUGGUUGCGUCUGUCGUGCGCGAGGUGCUUGCGCUCGAGUUGCGGGGCACGAUGUCCAACUCGGCGAUCGAAGUCUCGCGGACGGUGCCGUACUUUCCUAUCGAGGGCCGACCGGAGGUUGGUGGAUGCACGUUUGGCGGCCCGUUUGCGAGCUCUGUCCCGAUUCCGUCCGACUCGGGUGUGUCUGCGGCGCGGGCGGAAAAGUGGCUGGUCUUUGACGGUCCGGUCGACUCGCUGUGGAUCGAGGACAUGAACACGGUUCUCGACGACAACAAGAUGCUCUGUCUGGCAUCUGGUGAGCGGAUUAAGCUGCCGGAGACACUGCGGAUGCUGUUUGAGGUGCCGGACCUUGCGGUGGCGUCGCCGGCGACGGUCUCGCGGUGUGGAAUGGUGUUUAUGGAGAGCGUGCACCUCUCAUGGCAUGUCCAGCUUGCGCCGUGGGAGCGUGCCACGGUUCGGAGCGGCCUGCUCUCUGCAGCCGAGGCAAGGCGGGUGGCGAGCGUGCUGCGCGACUCUAUUCUGCCUGCCGCCCUCGCGUUUGUGCGCCGCGACGACGUGGUGAGCGGAGGGCAUCCUGCGCCAGAGACCGGGAUGGUGGCGUCGUGCCUGACGCUGCUGACACAGCUGCUUCGCGAAGGCGUGCCGACCAAGGUGUUUGGGGCGGGCGAGGACGAUGAGCCCGCGGGCGAGGGCGAGGUCGACAACGAGGCCACCAGCGAGAGCGGAAGCUUGGGUGGCGUGUCGCGGGCAGACCGCGACGCCGUGAGCAUGUACGUGCUGUUUGCUGUGGUGUGGUCUGUGGGCGGGUGGCUCGACGCGGGCUCGAGGGCCAAGUUUUCGGCGUUUGUGGCGUCGAGCGCCGAGUUUGCGGCACUUGUUCCGUCGCUGGCGUCGUACCUUAGCCAUGCCGAGUCUGACUCUGUCUUUGACGUGUAUGUGCAGGAGCUCGCGCCGCUUGGCCUCGGCAGCGGGGCGCGGCUGGGGACAUGGAACAAGGUGCUGGACGCGUCGCGGUUUGUGUACGACCCGCGAGUGGCGUUCUACGACACUUUUGUGCCGACGCGUGCUGCAGUGCAGUACGGUGCCGUGAUGCAGCUCUAUCUCCGCGGGCAGCGGUCUGUGAUGGUGACCGGCAAGUCCGGCGUGGGCAAGUCUGCUACGGUGGGCCGACUGCUGGCAUCUGGCGGGCUCGGUGGAAAGAGCGUGGCGAGCGUGGCGUUCUCAGGCGCGACGCGCGUGGCGACGCUGCAGGACGGACUGGAGGCAAAACUUGUGAGGCAUUCUGCGACGGCGCUCGGACCGCCCAAGGGUGGCGAGCAGUUGGUCUUUAUUGACAAUCUCAACAUGCCGAAGCGCGAGGUGUGGGGAGCAGCGCCACCGCUGGAGCUGCUUCGGCAGCUUGUAGGAUUUGGCGGCAUGUUUGACCGACAGCGGCUGCAGUGGGUCAAGCUUGUGGCGACCGAGUUUGUGGGCGCGAUGGCGCCGCCGGGCGGUGGAGCGUCGGAGGUCUCGCCGCGAUUGCUGCGGCUGUUCGCGCAGCUGCACAUGGCGGAGCCCGGAAGAGAGGACAUGCUGGAGAUGUUUGAGCCGAUUCUGCGUGGUUUCCUGAGGUCGUUCAGCGAGGAAGUUGUGGCGCUGGCGGAGCCGCUGAUGGUCGCCACCAUCGAUCUGUUUGUGGCGAUCCGAGAGGAGCUGCUGCCGAGCCCGUCCAAGUCGCACUACACGUUCAACCUGCGGCAUGUCUCGCAGGUUGUGCAGGGCAUGCUCCAGCUGCGGUCGCUGGGCGAGAUGCCUGCACCUGAGAGUGUGCUCCAGCUGUGGGCGCACGAAGCGUGUCGCGUGUUUGAGGACCGGCUGGUGUCGAGCGGCGACCGAACGUGGUUUGAGACGACGCUGGGGUCUGUGGCGUCUGCAAAGCUCGGUGUCUCGUGGCCGCGGCGGGUGCUGAGCAACGUGCUGUACGCAACGCACUUGCGGGCCAAGAACCCGGGCUUUUACGCGCCGCUGGAGUUGGAGGACAGCGGGCUGGACAAUGCUGCUGCCGCGGCGAGCCAGUUUGUGGCCGAGUACAACGUAGAGCACGCGUCCGAGUCGCCGUUGGAGCUUGUGUUCUUCCGGGAUGCGGUGAAGCACCUUGCGCGGAUUCUGCGGAUUUUGAGGCAGCCGCGCGGGUCUGCGCUUCUGCUGGGGCCCGACGGGUGCGGGCGGCGGUCGCUUGCGCGGGUGGCAGCGCACGUUGCUGGCUACGAGGUGGCAAGCGUGGAGCUGUCGAAGGGCUAUGGGCCAGCCGAGUUCCGCGAGGACGUCAAGGGAGUGCUUGGCCGGGCCGCGGCUGGGAAGCAUGUGGUGUUUCUCCUCUCCGACGCACAGAUGGUGGAUGAGGCGUUCUACGACGACGUGUCCAACUUGCUCAACUCUGGCGAGGUGCCGCAGCUGUACUCUGACGACGAGGAGGCAAUGCUGGUGUCGAGCCUGCGCGAUGCUGCCAAAGAGGCUGGCGUGGACGGCUCGCGGCACGAGGUGCUCGCGUAUGCAGCAGACAUGGCGCGGGAGCACUUGCACAUUGUGCUUGUGAUGUCGCCUGUGGGAUCUGGCUUCCGUGCACGGAUCCGCCAGUUCCCUGCGCUCGUCGACUGCUGCACCAUUGACUGGUUCGAGACGUGGCCGCGGGAGGCGCUGCUUGCUGUAGCACGGGCGCGGCUGUCGAGCUCCGAGGCCGUAGUCCGGGUGGUGGGCGACGCCGCGGCACUCGAGAGUGUGGCUCAGGUUGCUGUGAGCAUGUACCUGAGCGUUGCGGAGAGCACGGCGUCGUUCCGGGCGAGCGUGCGGCGUGCGGCGUACAUCACACCGGCAUCGUUCUUGCGGAUGCUGGAGCAGUACGAAGUGCUUGUGGGCAAGCGGCACGCGGCGCUGAGCACGCGGCGCGAGCACUUUGAGUCUGGCGUGGAGCAGCUGGAGGUGUUUGACGGCCUUGUGCGCGAAAUGGAGGAGGAGCUCAAAGGCAUGCAGCCGGAUCUGGAGAAGGCUGCUGCCGAGGCAGCGGCGAUUCUGGAGCAGGUUGCAGCCGACCAGGGCAAGGCUGACGAGGUCAAGGCGCACGAGAUGCAAGUGCUCCGUGACUCUGCGGCGUCGGACCUUGAGGAGGUGAUGCCGAUCUAUGACGACGCGUUGCUUGCGCUUGGGGCGCUUAACCGUGACGACCUCUCCGAGGUUAAGCAGUACAUCCGGCCGCCGGAGCUUGUGACAACUGUGAUGGACGCGGUGUGCCUCCUGCAGGGGAUCAAGCCCGGAUGGGCCGAGGCGAAGAAGAUGAUGAACAAGGACUUUAUCUCGACGCUGGAGCGGUUUGACAAGGACCACAUUCCGGAGGAGGUGCUGCGGAAGCUGGGCAAGAUGCUGCGGAACCCGGACUUUAACCCUGAGACCGUGGGCCACACGUCGAUUGCGGCCAAGUCGCUGUGCCAGUGGGUCAUUGCGAUCGAGAACUACGCGCGGGUGUUCAAGAAGGUGGAGCCGAAGCGGAUUGCGCUGGCGGAAGCCGAGGCCCAGUUUGAGGAGACGAUGGUUGCGCUGACGGAGAAGCGGGCCGAGCUGGAGAGCGUGCAAGCGUCUGUGGACGCGCUGCAGGCCAAGUAUGAGGCAGCGUGCGGGCGACAGGAGUUUGUGGCGUCGCGAAUUGCCGAGACGCAGGCUCGUCUGGAGCGCGCGGCCAAGCUGGUGAAGGGACUUGGCGGCGAGGCCGCGCGGUGGCGUGCGACGCUAGCGGAGUUGACGGCAUCAAGCUCUGUGGUGGCGUACGACAUGCUCAUGGCUGCGGGCUGGGUGACGUACCUGGGCGUGUUUACGCCCGAGUACCGAAGCCAGCUGUUUGCUGGAUGGAUGGCUGCGGCGGGCGAAGCGGGGCUCCCGCUCUCGCCGGCGGCUUCGCUCUCGCUGGGCAACUUGCUUGCCGAGCCUGUGGAGGUGCGGUCGUGGGUGCUUGACGGGCUGCCUGGCGACGAGUUUUCUGUGCAGAACGCGGUGCUUGCGCGGGAGGCUGUGGCGUGGCCGCUGUUCAUCGACCCGCAGGGCCAGGCUGCGGCUUGGGUGCGGGCAAUGGAGGCCGGGGCCGGGCUUGUGGUGACCAAGGUGGACGAUGGCAAGCUGCUCCGGCUGCUGCAGUCUGCGAUACCUGUAGGCGCGCCUGUGCUUAUUGAGGGCGUGGGCGAUGAACUUCCGCCUGUGCUCCUCCCGCUGCUGAGUAAGAGCCUGAUCAAGGUCAACAACCAGGUGUGCGUGCGGGUGGGCGACGCCGAGGUGUUUUAUCACAGCGACUUUAAGCUGUACCUUGCGACGCGGUCUGCCAACCCGAGCUACCUGCCACAGGUGUUCAACACUGUGAAUGUGGUCAACUUUUGCGUGACGCGGUCGAACUUGACGGACCAGCUGCUGGGUGAUGUGAUCCGACUGGAGCGGAACGAGCUGGAGCGCGUGAAUGACGAGCUGACCGUCUCGCUUGCGCACGACAAGAACGCGCUCGCCGAGUCUGAGGAGACGAUUUUGCGGAUGGUUGCGGCGGCUUCAUCUACCAUUCUGGACGACGACACGCUCAUUGACGCGCUCGACGAGUCGCGGGCGACAGCCGAGGUGAUCAAGAAGCGGGUGCGAGAGGCCGAGGCGACGCGGGCCAACAUUGCGGCGGCACGGAACGAGUACCUGCCUGUGGCGCGGGUGGGCAUGCUGCUCUACUUUGUGCUUGUGGACCUGGGGAGCCUCGAUUCGAUGUACCAGUUCUCUCUGGCGUUUUUCUCUGGCCUCUUUGCGCGGACGCUUGCAUCUGUGCCUGCGCUAGCCGACGAGGCAAGCGAUGCCGAGCUAGGGCAGCACCUGAGCGUGCUGCAGGAUGCUCUGCUGCGAUCGGUGUACUCUGCGGUUGCGCGCGGGCUGUUUAAGAAGGACACACCGCUGUUCUCGCUCAUGAUUGCGGUUGCACUCCUCCGCGAGACCGGGGCCGUGUGGGACGAGCUGUGGGCUGUCUUUGUGGCACCAGGCGUGGUGGGCUCGUCAAGCGCGCUUGAUGACGGCGACGGAAGCGGGCAGGCUCGGCCGCUCUGGGUGUCUGCGAGCGGCUGGGCAGAAGUGUGCGCACUGGACAGUGUGCUGGCGCAGCGCGGGCACACCGGCCUUGCGGAGUCGAUGGCGGUGGAGGCGCGGGCACAGUGGGAGGUGUGGGGCUCGAGCGACGAGCCGGAAGCCGAGGCGCUGCCGUGGAAGAGCGAGUUGGAGCCGAGCAAGGCCGGCGCGUUUGUCAAGCUGCUUGUGGUGAAGGCUGCGCGCGAGGACCGGUUUGUGGCGUGCGCAGAGGUUGUGGUGUCGAGCGUUCUUGGUGCGGCGUUUGUGGAGCGAGUGCCUGCGUCGCUGGCGGAGGUGCACCGCGACUCGAGCGCGACGACGCCGAUCAUUCUGGUGCUCUCAUCGGGAUCUGACCCGACGCAACUUGUGUUGGAGCACGCGGCUGCGGCCGGGUUUGGCAGCAAGCUGCGGAUGCUGUCGCUAGGGCAAGGGCAGGGCGAACGAGCGGAAGCGCACAUUGUGGAGGCUGCCAAGCACGGGCUCUGGGUGUACCUUCAGAACUGCCACCUUGCGCUAUCAUGGCUCCCGAAGCUCGACCGGCUUGUGGCACAGCUGGGAUCGUCCAUGGGCGUGCAUCCCGAAUUCCGGCUGUGGCUGACGUCGAAGCCGUGCGAGGCGUUUCCGGCGCAGCUUCUGCGGCGCGGGCUGAAGCUGACCAACGAGCCGCCUGCGGGGCUUCGGGCCAACUUGCUGCGGACGUUUACCAACUUGACGGAGCGUCAGUUUGUGCUGGACGAGGCGGCGUCGCCGAGCGAGUCUGCGGUGGAGCUUGUGUGGCGGCGGCUGGUGUACGGGCUGGCGUUUUUCCACGGAGUGGUGCAGGAGCGGCGGCGGUUUGGGGCGCUGGGAUGGAACGUGCCUUAUGGGUGGACAGAUGCGGACCUUAACGUGUCACUGGCGAUGCUGCGUGAGGCGCUGACGGCGGAGGUUGGCGCGAGCGGCAGCGGCUCUGAGGGCGGAGUCAGGCGUGCUGUGAGCGUGCCGUUUGACGCACUCCUGUUUAUGGUCGGCGAGAUCCACUACGGCGGACGGAUCACGGACGAGUGGGACAACCGGACGCUGCGGAGCGUGCUGAGCGUGUUUGUGCAUCCGGGGCUGGCGGAGAGUGCAAGCGAAUCGGGAGUGCGGUUCCUCUCGCAAGGCGCAAAUGACUACGGGGUGCCGAGCGCGAGCGAACUCAAGUCGCUAGAGAAUCUGCGGAAGGCUGUGCUGGCGCGGGUGCCGGCUCACGACGAGCCGGGCGUGUUUGGGCUUCACCCGAACGCUCAGCUUGCAGCGCAGCAGGCCGAGUCGCGGGCGCUCAUCCAGGGGCUUAUUGCAACACAGGCUGCGAGCGGCAGAGGCGGGCGAGUUGGCAGUGGGCUGCACGGAAGCGCCGGCGAGACGGUGGCGGUGCUCAUCGAGGAGCUGCUCGGGCGUGUGCCUGCCAAGCUCGACGAGGCCGAGGCGGGCAACGGGAGCCUGGGCAGCUCGCGUGGCGAGGCUGUGGGCUCGCUGGGUGUUGUACUCGCGCAGGAGAUGGCGCGGUUCAACAAGCUGCUCGAGGUUGUGACAACGAGUCUCGGUUCGCUGGCGCGUGGAAUCCGCGGCGAGGUGGUAAUGACGUCGGAAAUGGAGGCGAUGUUCGAAGACCUGCUGUACGCGCGGGUGCCGAACGUGUGGGCGGCUGUGGCGUAUCCGUCGCUCAAAGCGCUCGUGCCGUGGAUGGACAACUUAGUGGAGCGGGUCCAGUUUAUGCGCGAGUGGCUGGUGGGUGGUGUGCCCAACUCGUUCUGGCUCUCGGCGUUUUUCUUCCCGCAAGGCUUCCUCACCGGGGUGCUCCAGGAGCACGCCCGUGCAGUGCAUGUCCCGAUCGACGACCUCGUGUUUGUAACGCAUGUGCUCGAGGCCGGCGGGCGGCGGAGCGCCGACAGCGGCGGCGUGGUGGUCCAUGGCCUGUAUCUCGAAGGCGCAGGGUGGGCCGAGGGCGCGCUCUGCGAGGCAACACCCGGCAUGCUUGUGCAGGCCAUGCCGCCGCUCUGGCUCGAGCCCAAGCUCCGGAGCGAGGCUGGAAGCGCCAUGCUCCACGCGGUGGUGCCGAUGUACAAGACCCGUGAACGCGCGGGCGUUCUUUCGACCACCGGGCGGUCGACCAACUUUGUUCUUGCACUCAAGCUCCCGACCCGGCGCGAGGGCGAUGAUGAGGUCUUUGUCCGGCGAGGAGCCGCAUUGAUGCUGGAGCCGUAG